GCCCGUCGUAUCUCGCAUCUUCUGGCAAAGCCUAUCGUGACACCGUUUCGGCCGGGCAACGGCCAGGUCGGGCCCCCGGUUGUGUCCGUUUCUUCCAUCGUCGGGGCUUUAUUCUGCUUUAGUCGUCGCCUGGCUCGUCGAUUCUAGCAGCCGUUUUCCGCGGAUUCCAGAGCGACGUAGCAGCUGAUGCAGUGAGUCCUCCGCAUCCUCUCUGCGCCACGCGCAGCAGUUUAUCAUCUCGCCAACCCCCGCCGACUCGCGUGGGAAAUUUAUACCCUCGCUAAGCUUGGCUCGAUGUAGAACGUCAUGGCAAUUAGCAUAAAAUUCACAAAAUUUAACAACACACCAUGGGGCUUUCGACUAGCAGGUGGCAGCGAUUUUCCGCAGCCACUUACUGUUAUCAAAAUCACAGAGGGCAGUUUGGCCGAAUGUAUGGGUUUAAAGGUUGGCGAUGUCAUAGUAAGAUUAAAUGAUCAGCCAAUUAGCAGUUUAACUCAUGGACAAGCACACGAGGCAAUCGUGCAAGCUGGCAACAAUUUUGUUCUAGCUGUACAAAGGGAUGCGCAUACUGCGUGUAUAAUUAAAAUCCAGAAAAUAGAAGAUGGAGAUAAAUGUGACAAUUCAUUAUGUAUGUUCAUUGUAACUGGAGAAACUAAUGAAGAACUCGGAAUGAGAGAUCUGUUUAUCAUUGGUCGGCGAUUUUAUUGCUGGUCCCUGUCGCGCCCCGUUUCUUGCCGUUUGUCGCGGAUUCGCGGGAUUCGCCGCAUAGAGAGUAGAGUAGAGGGUAAAUCUUACCAGACUCACUCACACACCGGAAUCCGUUGCCUUCGGUGCAUUCGGUGCAUAUUCGCGUUCGCGAGCCGGUCGCUGGACCGGCGCAUCCACCACGAGCGGGAGAAAGUCUAUUUUCUUGGUUGCUGUGUUUGUUGUUUGCGCAGAGAGGAAGAGGCACGAAAGGCCGUCGAGGCGAUAUCGGAAGAGAACAUCGUCCCAUAUAAGAUCUCCCUUGCAGACUUACCGCCAGUCUUCCCAGAAGAGAUCUUAAAGGAGGAGACAGUGAUCGAGCGGUACGAGGAAGAGAAGACUGUCGUUGAACCGUUGUCCGCCGAAGAAGAGGUCAGGCGAGAGGAGGAAAAGCUCGCGGAGGAGAAACCAGUGGACGCCAACAGCGAGAUCGUGCCCAACAAAAAUCUCACGGAUGACGAGAUCGCACAGCUGAUUCUCGAGGAGGAGGAGCUCUUGUCCGAUCAAGGAUUAUUGGGAGUGAACUUUAAAAAGCUACGACCACGCGCCCCGAUUCUGAAAGAGUCGAAGGUCUUGGAGGAAUUACAGAACAUUGCAACAGCCGAGCCCGAGCGGAUACGGGAGUUGAAGCGCACUUCCACUUUCUUGCAGAAGCCAGAGCGACCGGUACCAAAGCCUAAGUGCGAGCCAAAGGUGGUGGAGGACGACGUUGAGAGCUACAAGGUCGUGAUCAAGAAACAAGACAAAAAGACUGUGAUCGCGCGCCUUGUAGAGAAGGGCCUGCUUCCUCCAGGGUCAGAGGCGAGCGUCGCCGGGACACCGGAACCACCGGAACCACCGUCCGAGGUAAAGAUGCAUGAAAUGGAGAACCGGCUCGAGGAAGACCGUCCCCCCGUGUUUAACCGAAAUUCCUCGUGUUCGAUCUCCCCCUUCGAUACCGAUGAUUCACUGUCCUCGCGUUCUCCAGAACUUGAUUCGAACGAAACUUGUCCUUCCGAGGAUCAGCUAGGAUGUCCCGCGACAUAUAACUGCAAGUCGAAGCUGUCGAACGGCAAACCAAGUCAUUAUCGAAGAAACAGUUCCGAAGCCAGAAGGAGGUCGUCCUUCAAGGGUUAUUAUCUAGAAAAUAUUCUCUCCGGUUAUGCCGACUCUUGCGUUUCCCGUGAUCAACAGAUCGACGAUCAGUUCGAGUCUCCAAAGACGAGAUCUGGAAGUUCCAAAGGCAGAAGGAGAUCGUCCUUCAAGGGUUAUUACCUAGAAAAUAUUCUCUCCGGUUAUGCCGACUCUUGCGUUUCUCAUGAUCAACAAAACGACGAUCAGUUCGAGUCUCCAAAGACGAAAUCUGGAAGUUCCAAAGGCAGAAGGAGAUCGUCCUUCAAAGGUUAUUACCUAGAAAAUAUUCUCUCCGGUUAUGCCGACUCUUGCGUUUCCCGUGAUCAACAGAACGACGAUCAGUUCGAAGCUCCAAAGACGAGAUCUGGAAGUUCCAAAGGCAGAAGGAGAUCGUCUUUCAAGGGUUAUUACUUAGAAAAUAUUCUCUCCGGUUAUGCCGACUCUUGCGUUUCCCGUGAUCAACAGAUCGACGAUCAGUUCGAGGCUCCAAAGACGAAAUCUGGAAGUUCCAAAGGCAGAAGGAGAUCGUCCUUCAAGGGUUAUUACCUAGAAAAUAUUCUCUCCGGUUAUGCCGACUCUUGCGUUUCCCGUGAUCAACAGAUCGACGAUCAGUUCGAGCCUCCAAAGACGAGAUCUGGAAGUUUCAAAGCUAGAAGGAGAUCGUCCUUCAAGGGUUAUUACCUAGAAAAUAUUCUCUCCGGUUAUGCCGACUCUUGCAUUUCCCGUGAUCAACAGAUUAAUGAUCAGUUCGAGUUUUCAAAGACGAGAUCUGGAAGUUUUUGCUGGCUGGGAAGCAAGCUUGGUUUCGGUGCUCUCGCAUCAAACAAGAUCACUUCCAGAAGAAGGAAGAGCAGAUGCCCGCGAGCACAUUACGGAGAGAGGAUUAUUCUACGAAAUGUUAGCGUUAUCGCUCAACACUUGAUGUUGUUCCAGUUUUUGUUGCAGAAGUCAAGUGUCUCCGAGUCAUCGGAAACUUCAAAUUAUACUACUGAUUCAGAUCUAAAUGAGCAAAAAAUUAAUAAAGAUAUCUGCAAUAUGAAAAUCUCCGGAUGGCAUGAAGAUGGUCCGUUAUGUUCAUUACAAGAAGAAUAUGCCGUUGAUAUUCUGGAUUCAAACAAGAAGGAAACCGAUAAAAACAAUGUUCUCAAGUGUAAUCCGAUUUUGUCUGAAGAUGUCGACGAGUCCGUGUUAUCUGAAGAGAAAGACGACUCUCUUUCGAAAUUCUUGCAAUCGACUGAGAAUUAUAUUUCCACCGAGGUCUUUCAUCGCGGCAAUAGAAGAUUUUCGAAAUCGCGUAAGUCCAUAGAUGCCAUCCCCGAGAAAGAUGAUAAUACAAUCUCGAAUCUCCUCCAAUCAACCGGAGAUUACGUUAACAGCGAGGUAUUCCAUCGCGGUAGCCGAAGAUUCUCAAAGUCAUCCAAGGACGCGGAACAGGAACCGAGUGCUCUGUCGGAUCUCCUCCAAUCAACCGGAGAUUACGUUAACAGCGAAGUGUUCCAUCGCGGUAGCCGAAGACUCUCAAAGUCAUCCAAGGACGCGGAACAAGAACCAGAUGCUGUGUCGAAUCUCCUUCAAUCAACCGGAGAUUAUGUCUCUAACGAGGUGUUCCAUCGCGGUAGUCGAAGAUUCUCAAGGUCAUCCAAGGACGUGGACCAGGAAUCCGGUGCUUUGUCGGAUCUCCUCCAAUCAACCGGAGAUUACGUCAACAGCGAGGUGUUCCACCGUCGUAGCCGAAGACUCUCGUUGUCAAAACCACCCAAGGAUCCGGAACAAGAACCGGGUGUUCUGUCAAAUCUCCUCCAAUCAACUGGAGAUUACGUUAACAGCGAGGUGUUCCAUCGUCGUAGCCGAAGACUCUCGUUGUCAAAACCACCCAAGGAUCCAGAAGAGGAACCAGGUGUUCUGUCGAAUCUUCUCCAAUCAACCGGAGAUUACGUCAACAGCGAGGUCUUCCAUCGUCGUAGCCGAAGACUUUCAUUGUCAAAACCACCCAAAGAUCCGGAAGAGGAACCGGGUGUUCUGUCGAAUCUUCUCCAAUCAACUGGAGAUUACGUCAACAGCGAGGUGUUCCAUCGCCGUAGCAGGAGAUUAUCAAAAUCGUCCAGAAGGGGAUCUCUCGUAGCUCCCGAUUCGAAAAGCGAUUCCUCCAAUCUGCCUUGGUUUUCGUUCGGAGGCUGCGAGGAGAAGAUCGAUUCCGAAAUCGAUCUGGACAAUCGAAGGUUGUCAUUCGUGCCGACGGUCCUCUAUCAAAGUGUCACGAAUCGUAUCGGUGUUGAUUUUACAAGGCUGGUGGCUUACGCCUUUGUGCCGUGCACCUCAAUCAUCCUUCUGUACAUGUAUCAAAAGACAAUAACACCAGCAUCAACACCAAAACCCACAUCUAGAGCGGAGCAAGAAGAGAGUCUUGAAUCUCAUUUCGCAUCAAAGGCAGAAGGAGAAGAAAAGAGCGACGAAACCGACGACUUCAAGGAGAGAUCCGAAUCUAAGGAGGAAAAUCAUCGUUCUGAGUCUCGUGCAGCCGGAUCCAGCCAGGACGAGGCAGCAGUACUCGAGGAAGAUUCCAGCGUCUCGACGACGGAUCGAGCGGCGACGAAAGCCGAGAGUGAGAAAAUCAAGGAACUGGUGUCCACGGAGUUCAGUCUCGAGCAACAGCUGGAGAACGUGCAGCGGCAAUUGCUCGCUUUGAAACAGCUACCGAGCGAGAUCGAGAAUCACUUGAGGAUCGUCUCCGAGCAAUUGCACAAGAUCAUGGAGCUGAGCGGUGUUCCGAGGUCUUUCGGCAACGGAAGCGGCGGCCAUCGCGGGUCACCAGAAGAGAAUAUCGUACAGCGAAAGGACGAAGAAAAGUUGGAGGAACAAGAUGAGGACACUGAUGAGGAGGAUGACGAAUUUACGGAAACUUACGAUUACAUCGAGGAAAUCGCAUGCUUGGAGCGAAAAACGUCAUCGAGGUCAACGCCACAAGUGAUCGAGCCUAGUGACGAUGAAGGAGAAAUGGAAGAAGAAGAAGCAGAAUUGAAGGAACUGGACGGUACGAUUUCCGUGAAGAGCGCAGACGAGGAAGGAAAUAAAGUCAAGAAAUUCAUCGUUUCUUACGAGACUAAGCUUCUGAAAUCACCAAGUCCAGCACUAUCGCACGGUAGUUUCGAACCAGACCCCAAACUAUCACCAAAAGAUCAAGUAAUACAGGAAUUACAGCAAAAAGUGCACAAGAAAGGCAAAAAACAUUCGCAAGACCUCUGGCCCCAGGCUAAGCAGCUCGAACUUACGCAAGGUCGCAGAUGGAGAUGCCCGAAUGACUUCUUCAAUGACGAGAUGAUUGCUGAGGUCUUGUCUUGUCAGGCGGAAGUUAUUCGCGGUAAAACGAUGGGAGUAAACUUUAAGAAAUACGAGAAAACAAAUUUACCAAACUACGACUACCUGAUGAAUUCGAGCGUCUAUAAGAUGAUUCAUAAAAUGGAACGAGAACCGAAAAAGGGCAUCCCUGCGAGACCUGCUAAAGUCAAUGCAGCUGAAGACAUAAUAGAGAGAGUUAAAUCACCAGCAUUGAGCGUUGUAGAUGAGAGAAGCAUCAGUCACUAAACCAACAGCAAUCAUAAAUGAAUCAUCAUAGUUUAUAAGCAAAAAAUUGAUGUACUUACUUAAAGAAUAUGCUAUAAACUGAACUGAUAUAUCUAAAAUCUAAGCAAUUCAAGAAAAUUGCUCAAAAUUAUUAAGAACGCAAUUAUCUGAUUUGAAAAAUGUUAUCGUACGAUUAUCGAGAUACAAUAUAAUUAUAAUAAUUCUA